AGCUCCAUCUUUGUAGGAUUUGACAGGAGCUUUGACCUGUGUCGAAGAGGACCGCAAGCCCGGGGCUGAACCACCACAAGUAGACUCUCACAAUGACAGCAAGAGCAUAGAAGUGAGCUUGUUAACCACAGGCGGAGGGCUUUUAUCUUAUCGGGCAGCCGGACAAUUAAUUCAACCUUAAAGAAAAAAAAUGCUUCAUUUUAAUGCGCUCCCCGGACCGCUUGAAAUCCAACGGAACUAAUGGGACACACGGGCUUAAAAUAAAUCCUUUUUGGUGAAUGACACUGUAUCAGAGAGCCUACGUGAUACAGACGGACAGAGAGAUACACACGGAAGUGCGGACAUGGCUGACAGAACUGCUCCCAACUGCCACCUGAGACUGGAGUGGGUGUACGGAUACCGGGGACAUCAGUGCCGCAACAACCUGUACUACACGGCCGCCAAGGAAAUAGUCUAUUUUGUCGCCGGGGUGGGAGUUGUGUACAACACCCGGGAGCACAAGCAGAAAUUUUACUUGGGGCACAACGAUGACAUAAUCAGUCUAGCACUGCAUCCGGAGCGUGUGUUGGUGGCCACAGGACAGGUGGGCAAGGAGCCUUACAUCUGCGUAUGGGACUCCUACACUGUGCAGACUGUGUCCAUCCUCAAGGAUGUGCACACACAUGGCAUCGCCUGCCUUGCCUUUGACCUCGAGGGACAGUGUUUGGUGUCCGUGGGCUUGGACUCAAAAAACACAAUCUGCGUGUGGGACUGGAGGAGAGGAAUUCUGGCAGCUGCUCCCGGUCAUACAGACAGGAUAUUUGACAUAUCGUGGGAUUUGUACCAGCCGAGCAAGCUUGUGAGCUGUGGUGUCAAACAUAUCAAGUUUUGGAGCUUAUGCGGUAAUGCUCUCACGCCCAAACGUGGUGUUUUUGGCAAAACGGGGGAUCUCCAAACCAUCCUCUGUCUCGCCUGCGCCAAGGACGAAGUCACAUAUUCAGGUGCCUUGAAUGGUGACAUCUACGUAUGGAAAGGGAUCAACCUGAUGAGGACGGUGCAAGGAGCUCAUGGGUCAGGGAUUUUCAGCAUGAAUGCCUGUGAAGAGGGCUUUGCUACUGGGGGCCGAGACGGCUGCGUCCGGCUGUGGGAUCUCAACUUCAAACCAAUUACUGUCAUUGAUCUCAGGGAAACAGACCAAGGAUAUAAAGGGCUGUCUGUGCGCAGUGUGUGCUGGCGGGGAGAUCACAUCCUGGUGGGCACACAGGACAGUGAGAUCUUCGAGGUGGUGGUCCACGACCGCAACAAGCCCUUCCUCAUCAUGCAGGGUCACUGUGAGGGCGAGCUGUGGGCGCUUGCCCUGCACCCCACUAAGCCUCUGGCCAUGACAGGAAGUGACGACCGCUCAGUCAGGAUAUGGAGCCUUAUAGAUCAUGCACUGAUAGCUCGCUGUAACAUGGAGGAGCCUAUUCGCUGUGCAGCCGUGAGCACUGACGGUAUUCACCUGGCGCUGGGAAUGAAGGAUGGCUCAUUCACCGUUUUAAGAGUCAGAGAUAUGACAGAGGUGGUACACAUCAAGGACAGGAAGGAGGCCAUUCAUGAGCUGAAGUACUCCCCCGAUGGGGCUCACUUGGCUGUCGGCUCUAAUGAUAACUCAGUGGACAUCUACGGUGUUGUGCAGAGGUACAAGAAAGUGGGCGAGUGCAUCGGCUCCAGCAGCUUCAUCACACACAUGGACUGGUCCACGGACAGCAAGUACCUGCAGACCAAUGACGGCAGCGGCAGGAGGCUCUUCUACAGGAUGCCAAGUGGGAAGGAGGUGACCAACAGGGAGGAGCUGAAGCUGGUGCAGUGGGCUUCAUGGACAUGUGUGUUGGGCCCUGAAGUCAAUGGAAUAUGGCCCAAGUACUCAGAUAUCAAUGACAUCAACUCUGUGGAUGCCAACUACAGCAAUCAAGUCUUAGUAACAGCCGACGACUAUGGACUAGUCAAACUUUUACGAUAUCCUUGUGUAAAAAAAGGUGCAAAAUUUAAAAAGUAUUUAGGUCACUCAGCUCAUAUAACCAACGCUAGAUGGUCACAUGAUUACCAGUGGGUCAUAACGAUCGGCGGUGCAGAUCACUCAGUGUUCCAGUGGAAGUUUGUUCCUGAAAGAAAAUCUAAAGAGGCUCUCCAUAUAGCACCACAAGAGACCUUGGCUGACUCCAACAGUGAAGAGUCAGACUCUGAUCAGUCAGACGUACCUGAGAUGGACUCAGAAAUUGAGCAAGAGACGCAGCUCACAUAUAGACGACAGGUUUAUAAAGAAGAUCUACCUCAGCUCAAAGAGCAGUGCAAAGAGAAACAUCGAGCAACGGCCAUGAAGAAGAGAGAACGAGCUCCUGGGAGUGGGGUGAAACUGCACUUCAUUCACGGCUACAGGGGCUAUGAUUGCAGGAGCAACCUGUUCUACACCCAGACCGGGGAGAUAGUCUACCACGUAGCUGCCGUAGGGGUUGUGUACAACAGACAGCAGAAUACGCAGCGUUUCUACAUGGGCCAUGAUGAUGACAUCCUCUGUCUGGCUAUUCAUCCCCUGAAGGACUUUGUAGCAACAGGCCAGGUUGGCAGAGAUUCCUCAAUACACAUAUGGGACACGGAAACGUUAAAGCCCAUGUCUGUGUUGAAGGGUUUCCACCAGCUGGGAGUGUGUGCUCUGGAUUUUUCAGCGGACGGCAAACGUCUGGCCUCGGUGGGUCUGGACGACAACCACACCAUUGUGCUGUGGGACUGGAGAAAGGGGGAGAAGCUCUCUGCCAUGCGGGGAAGCAAGGACAAGAUAUUUGUUGUCAAAAUAAAUCCCUACCUGCCUGACAAGCUCAUCACUGCUGGUGUGAAACACAUGAAGUUUUGGCAUAAAGCUGGUGGCGGCUUAAUUGGGCGCAAAGGGAACAUGGGGAAGACGGAGACUAUGAUGUGUGCUGUGUACGGCUGGUCAGAGGAGAUGGUGUUUUCAGGCACCUGUACAGGGGACAUUUGCAUCUGGAGGGACAUGUUCCUGAUGAAGACUGUCAAAGCUCACGACGGCCCUGUUUUCAGCAUGCACGCUCUAGAAAAGGGAUUUGUGACUGGAGGAAAGGAUGGUAUAGUAGCUCUGUGGGAUGACACUUUUGAGAGAUGCCUCAAGACGUACGCCAUCAAGAGAGCAGUCCUAGCUCCCGGCUCCAAAGGGUUGCUCCUGGAGGACAAUCCUUCCAUACGUGCCAUAUCUCUGGGCCAUGGCCACAUCCUGGUUGGGACCAAGAACGGAGAGAUCUUGGAGGUGGACAAGAGUGGCCCCAUCACUCUGCUGGUUCAGGGUCACAUGGAGGGUGAAGUGUGGGGCCUGGCCACUCACCCCCAUCUCCCUCUCUGUGCCACUGUCAGCGAUGACAAAACCCUGCGCAUAUGGGACCUCUCACCCAGCCACUGCAUGCUGGCUGUACGCAAACUCAGGAAAGGCGGCCGAUGCUGCUGCUUCUCCCCCGACGGCAAAGCUUUAGCGGUGGGCCUGAACGACGGCAGCUUCCUUAUUGUGAACGCAGACACCCUGGAGGACCUGGUGUCCUUCCACCACCGCAAGGACAUCAUCUCUGAUAUCAGAUUCUCUCCAGGAGCUGGGAAGUACCUCGCAGUGGCGUCAGGAGACAGCUUUGUGGAUAUUUACAAUGUGAUGAGCAGCAAACGCGUAGGAGUGUGCAAAGGCUGCCUCAACUAUAUAACCCAUCUGGACUGGGACAAGAGAGGAAAACUACUCCAAGUCAACACAGGUGCUAAAGAGCAGUUUUUCUUCGAAGCUCCUCGUGGCAAGAGGCAGACCAUCCCGGCUACAGAGGUGGAGAAGAUCGACUGGAGCACAUGGACAUGUGUCCUGGGGACGUCUGUUGAGGGCAUCUGGCCUGUGAUCAGUGAGGUCACUGAGGUGACCGCUGCCUGCCUUAGUAAUGACAGGAAGGUGCUAGCAACUGGAGAUGACCUCGGAUACGUCAAGCUCUUCAGAUACCCUGUCAAGGGGAAAUAUGCAAAGUUCAGACGCUAUGUGGCUCACAGCACACAUGUUACCAAUGUGCGAUGGACCCACGACGACAGCCUCUUGGUGUCGGUCGGUGGGGGCGACACGUGCCUCAUGAUUUGGGCCCACGAGCCCGAGGGCCACCGGGAAUUCAAACAGUGUGACAGCGAGGAGUCAGACAUCGAGAGCGAGGAUGAUGGAGGUUAUGACAGCGAUGUGACGAGGGAGAACGAGAUCAACUACACCAUCAAGGCCUUAUCCACCAACAUGCGACCAAUGACGGGUGUGAAACCUCACUUGCAGCUAAAAGAGCCAUCUGUGGACGAAAGACAAGGUGUGGUCAGAGGGUCAAGACCUCCUGUCAGCAGAGCGUUGCCACAGCCAGAGAAGCUGCAGACCAACAAUGUCGGCAAAAAGAAGAGACCUAUUGAGGACCUUGUGUUGGAGCUGGUGUUUGGUUACCGUGGAAAUGACUGCCGCAAUAAUGUGCACUACCUGAACGAGGGGUCGGACAUCAUCUACCACACGGCCUCAGUCGGCAUCGUCCUCAACUUGACAACCUCCUGCCAAAGUUUCUAUGUAGAACACAGUGAUGACAUUCUGUGCCUGACAAUCAAUCAACACCCCAAAUUCCCCAACGUGGUGGCAACUGGCCAAGUAGGUGAUACUGGUGACAUGUCAGCCACAUCUCCAUCCAUCCAUGUGUGGGACGCCAUGACCAAGCAGACGCUGUCGGUGCUUCGCUGUUUCCACUCCGGUGGGGUUUGCUCCGUCAGCUUCAGUGCCACAGGAAAACUCCUGCUGUCUGUGGGCCUGGACCCCGAACACACAGUCACCAUCUGGAAGUGGCAGGAAGGUGCCAAAGUGGCCAGCCGGAUCGGUCACACCCAGAGGAUCUUUGUGGCCGAGUUUCGGCCCGACUCGGACACACACUUCGUCUCGGUGGGCAUCAAACAUGUGCGUUUCUGGACGUUAGCUGGCCGAGCUUUGCUCAGCAAGAAAGGCGUGCUGAGCUCCAUAGAGGACGCCCGGAUGCAGACCAUGCUGUCUGUAGCAUUUGGAGCUAAUAACUUGACAUUUACAGGUACCAUAAGUGGGGAUGUGUGUGUAUGGAAGGAACACAUUCUAGUAAGAAUAGUGGCCAAAGCUCAUACGGGCCCCGUGUUCACUAUGUACACCACACUGAGGGACGGCCUCAUCGUCACCGGAGGCAAAGAAAGACCGUCAAAGGAGGGCGGUGCUCUGAAGCUCUGGGAUCAGGAGCUGAAACGCUGCAGAGCCUUUCGAUUAGAAACUGGACAGAUCAUAGACUGCGUUCGCUCUGUAUGCAGAGGAAAGGGGAAGAUCCUCGUGGGGACCAGGAAUGCGGAGAUCAUUGAAGUGGGAGAGAAGAACGCAGCGUGCAACAUCCUGGUGAACGGACACAUGGACGGACCUAUAUGGGGUUUGGGAACUCAUCCCUCCAGAGACGUGUUUCUGUCUGCUGCAGAGGAUGGCACCGUUCGUCUGUGGGACAUCCCAGAGAAGAAGAUGCUGAACAAGGUGAACCUGGGCCACCCGGCGUGCACCAUCAGCUACAGCCCUGAGGGAGACAUGGUGGCGAUUGGCAUGAAGAACGGAGAGUUUAUCGUCCUGCUCGUGGCUUCACUCAAAAUCUGGGGCAAAAAACGUGACAGACGCUCUCCAAUUCAAGAUAUCAGGUUCAGUCCAAGUUCCCGUUACUUGGCUGUGGGCUCCACUGAGUGUGCCGUGGACUUCUACGACCUGACGCUCGGCCCACAGUUGAACCGCAUCAACUGCUGCAGGGACAUCCCCAGCUUUGUGAUGCAGAUGGACUUCUCUGCAGACAGCACUUAUGUCCAGAUUUCCACAGGUGCUUAUAAACGGCUCGUGUACGAGGUGCCGUCUGGGAAGCAGGUCACAGAACAGACUCACAUUGACAGGAUUACCUGGGCCACCUGGACAAGUGUCCUUGGGGACGAGGUCGUCGGUAUCUGGUCCCGUAACACUGAUAAAGCAGACGUCACUUGUGCCUGUGUGUCCCACUCGGGCCUUAACAUCGUCACAGGAGAUGAUUUUGGGAUGGUAAAGCUGUUUGACUUUCCCUGUCCGGAGAAGUUUGCCAAACACAAACGCUUUCUGGGCCAUUCUGCUCAUCUGACAAACGUACGCUUCACAAAUGGAGAUCGUUUUGUUGUGAGCGCCGGUGGAGAUGACAGAAGCCUCUUCGUGUGGAGGUGUGUCCACGCCCCACACUGAGGAUCACACUAACACCAUCCUGCCUCAAAGAGUCUGGGCAUCUCCUGGCAUGACUCUCCAGAGAAAAUAAAAAAAAAGAAGAAGAAAAGACACCCUUGAUGGAUGCAUUUAGAUGACGAGGAGGACAACAGACCUGGCAGCUUGUAAAUGAGUGGUGAUUCGACUUACUGCCUCAAAACUAGGUGCAUGCAUGUGUGCAAGGCUCAUUUUGGUAUCACAGUCCUGAUUGCGAAAACAGGAGGAGGGCAAACGGCCCUGCUCUCAUGAAGUCACAUAUCCAUUAACCCUCCUGUUGUCCUCAUUCACAGGCACCAAAACAUGUUGUUUCCUUGUCUGAAAAAAAUCCAAAAAUUCAGCCAAAAAAUUCUGAAAAUUUGCAAAAUCUUCAGGAAGAAAAUGUCAAUAUUUCCUUAAGUUUUAUUUUAAAAAAAACUAAUAUUUUAAAAAAGUGAUUACAUAUAUAUCAAUACAACUUCUGUGUUUUUUUUAAGAACGUUCAGGAAAAAAAUCAACCAAAAUCCAGUGAAAUUUGCUGGAUUUUGGUUGUUUUUUUUUCUUCUGAAUGUUCUUAAAGAAACAUUUUCAACAUUUCUUUUUUUUUCCACCAAAAAAUGUUGUUUCCUUGUCUGAAAAAAAUCCAAAAAUUCAGCAAAAAAAAUUCCCCAAAUUUCUGAAAAUGUGCAAAACCUUCAGGAAGAAAACUUCAAUAAUUCCUUAAAAGUUUUAUUUUAAAAAAUCACCCAAAUUUGGCAAGAAAAUUCUUGUAAAUAUUUUUUACAAAUGAGUAAAAUAUUCCAAAAAAAUCCUAAAAAUAUCUAAAGUGAUUACAUAUAUCAAUAAAACUUCUGUUUUCUUUAAGAACAUUCAGAAAAAAAUCAAGCCAAUUUCGCUGGAUUUUUCUGAAUGUUCUUAAAGAAACAUUUUUACCAUUUCUUUUUUUCCACCAAAAAAUGUUCUAAGAUUUCUCAAAAAUGUUGAAAAUGUGAACAUCAAAAGUUUCACUGUGGAAAAUACAUGUCUUUUGCACAUUUUCAAACUGAAACGGGUCAAUUUUGACCCGCAGGACGACACGAGGGUUAAGAAGAAGAAAAAACAAACAUCUGUGCAUAUCAUGUCUGAUGGAUUCUUUUUUUAAAAUGAGCUUAUCUGUGUACACGUCCCAAAUGGCAGUGUUGCCAAGUCUUGGCAGGCCUCUGAAUAUUGUGUUACUGACAAUGCCAUUUUUUUUUAAAAACAUGUAGCAAACAGAGCUGAUUAGCCUUAAUCUGAGUGUUUAUGAGGGUUUGGAUUCUUUUUGUAUCGUUUUGUUUUACUUGUUUUGGAUCAUGUAGUCAUUUGUUUGGUCUAUUUUUACUGGUAAUUCCAAAUCCUGUGGCCUUCCUCCUGAAUGUAACAUCCACUGUUAUGUUCUGGAUGUCAGCAUGCCAAAGCAUACUAUGCACUGUACACCUGACCUGGUCACUGUGUCACCCUGGUGGUUCCAUUUAUGAUUUUCGUGGUCGUGUUGUUGACUGGUUGACCUCAAUCCUCCCUCAGCAGUGUUCCCCCUCAUGACAUAUUGACGUGUGCGUACGCGUUUGAGGAUCCGUUUGUGGUUGGUGGGUGUGCAUGGCUUAUCGAAAGACAAUCCGUCCGAACCAAAUUCCUCAGAAAAACAAAAAGAACAGCUGUAAAUUGAUGUUUCAAUGCACUGUUGCAAUUCUAUCGGUCACUUUUUAGUGUGCUGCUAUGAUAUAUUAUUGUUGCAUUUUCAUGGAUAUGAACGGUGUGACUUUAUCCUCCAACAGUAAGUUAGUGUUUUGUGUAAUAAGAUAUAUUGCUUAAAUGGAAUGUCGAUCAGAGAAUAUGAAAAGUGCAAAACAUUUUGCCCCUUGUAUUAAGACUAACUCCUAAAAAAAUGUUGCUGCAUAUUUUGAUUUACAUUUCACCAGUGUAAAUACCAUUUGUAGAUAUUCUUUUUGUAUAUUUUUGUGAGAUGUUUCUUAAAUUCCACUUUAAUAAUAAAAAAAGCAACGAUCAACUUUAA